AUGGCGGUGACACACAUCCAGCUCAACACCUGGGAACUGUUCACAAUCAUCAUGAUCAUGUGGUUUGUCAUCUCACUCUGGGGCGACAUCUUCAAAUCCAUCAUUAAGCACUUUGUGCUGGCCCACAACAAACCCCAGCCACGAGUGAUGGCUGCCAGCACACUGGUGCUCACCACAGCCCUCGUUGCCAUCACCAAGAUCAUCAGAUUCAACUUCAUGGCUCAAGCAACGCAGCACAAUCUGGUCCCAUGA